GGGGAAAGAAAAAGGAGAAAAGGGAAACAACGUUUACCCUUCACCUCACAUGUCUUCUUCCUCUCUCCAUUUUUCCAUACACUACUAUCACCAUUCUUGUCAUCAUCAUACUCUCUUCCAAGACAAAUCCAUCAUCACCCUUCUUCUAUCACCAAAACACCAUUAAAAUGCAUCCAUCUCUUUCAUGAAACCAAAACCCUAUUAUCACCCAUCUUCAAAGACACAAAUUAGAGUUAGAAAAAUAUGCAUGCAAGCCAACUGAAGGAAUGUAGAAGGAUGAAGGAGUUAGGAUUUCCACUCAUGGAUUGAGGAAGUAGAAAGUAAGCUUGGUCUAUAAUCUUCUCUUUGAGGAUGUCACACAAAUUGAAAAAAAGAAUGGAGGAAGGAGUGAAGAGAUGGGUGGUAGACAUAUCAAAGUGGGACCCACAACCUUGUGAGUUCUCUGUCGCACUCUCCCUACUCCCUUCACACGAACACUCCUCUGUUACCAGGUAUUUUAAAACUGAAGACCAGAAACGGGCACUUAUCAGUCGAAUGCUUCAAUAUGCCCUUCUAAAUGAUGUAAUCAAACUCAACACCCCUUUCUUCCCUCCACAUAAUUUCAUCAUUAAACGAACUUCCCAAGGAAAACCAUAUUUGGAUUUGUUGGAUUAUGACAAAUUGGGUCUUACUACAUAUUUUCCAAAUUUUAAUUUCAAUGUAUCCCAUCAUGGGGACUAUGUGGCCAUAGCAUCAGAACCUUUAUGCCUUGUGGGGAUAGACAUUGUCUCUUUUGAUAUGCCUAAAAAAGAAACCGUUACAGAAUUCAUUCACUUCUUUUCAUCAUACUUUUCAUCUUCGGAAUGGGAUAACGUUGUCAAUGCUGGUACUUGUUCUAAUGAUGUCUUAAUUGAAUUUUACAGGUAUUGGAGCCUAAAGGAAGCAUAUGUUAAAGCCAUGGGGAGUGGACUUAUUGAAGGGUUGAAUAAAGUGGAGUUUUCUCACACAAACUGGACUAACAUAUCAGCUACAAUGGAUGGGAAGGUUAUGGCUUUAUGGAGAUUUUGGUUGCUUCAACUUGGAGAAAUACACUGUGUGGCUAUUGCAAGAGGCCCCCCAUUAUCAGCUGAUAUGAGUUACAAAUCAACGUUGAAGAAAGUAGACUUUACUGAAGACGAAUAUAAUAUAGGUCUUCAUCUCCCAAAUGAAGACUUUGUCGAAUUAAGUGUAGAUCAACUUGUUUCAAUUUUACAGAGAACAUUUGAUUGUGAACACAAAAGUUAGAUGUUAUUAUAUAUCUAAGAAGAAUCACUAUACUCAAAUCAAUGGAAAAACUGUUAGUUGUAUAGAUGAAAUUUCUAUAUAAGAAAAAAUAGAUGUAAGAAAACGCUCAAUUUAUUCCCA